AGAAAGGCGGCGGACGUGCCGGCGUGGGGCGGAGGCGUCCUGCUGGGCUUCCGUGCGCAGGGCGGGCGCUAGGACCCAGACCCGAGCGGCGCACCUGUGGGCAGGUGCCCGGGCCUCGCCCGCUCUGCGCCCCGGGAGCCGCGCGGCUGGUGCACAGGCGGGGACGGUGCUGGCAGAGGCCCUAGCGCGGCGGCGGCGCCGGGCGCACCAUGGCCGAGCUGCUGCGGAGCCUGCAGGACUCCCAGCUCGUCGCCCGCUUCCAGCGCCGCUGCGGGCUCUUCCCGGCGCCGGAUGACGACCCCCGAGAGAACGGCGCGGGCCCGGGGGAGGGCGCGGCGCGGGCGCCCGGGGUCGGUCAUCACCCCGCGGUCAACGGCAAGGGCGGCGGGGGGCCGGCCAAUGGGCUGCUCAGAGCCGCGGCCCCGCAGGCUUAUGUACAAAAGUACAUUGUGAAGAAUUAUUUCUACUAUUACCUAUUCAGAUUUUCAGCUGCUUUGGGUCAAGAAGUGUUCUACAUCACAUUUCUUCCGUUCACUCACUGGAAUAUUGAUCCUUAUUUAUCCAGAAGACUGGUCAUCAUAUGGGUUCUGGUGAUGUACAUUGGCCAGGUGGCCAAGGAUAUCCUGAAGUGGCCCCGCCCCUUCUCCCCUCCGGUGGUGAAACUGGAGAAGAGAGUGAUUGCUGAGUAUGGAAUGCCAUCUACCCAUGCCAUGGCGGCCACCGCCAUUUCCUUCACCCUCCUCCUCUCCACCAUGGACAGAUACCAGUAUCCCUUUGCUCUGGGGCUGGUGAUGGCUGUGACAUUCUCCACGUUGGUAUCUCUCAGCAGGCUCUACACGGGGAUGCACACGGUCCUGGAUGUGCUGGGCGGCAUCCUGAUCACCGCGGUCCUCAUUGUCCUCACCUACCCCGCCUGGACCCUCAUCGACCGCCUGGACUCGGCCAGCCCCCUCUUCCCCGUGUGUGCCAUCGUGGUGCCGUUCUUCUUGUGUUACAAUUACCCCGUGUCUGAGUACUACAGCCCCACCAGGGCGGACACCACCACCAUCAUGGCCGCCGGGGCUGGGGUGACCAUCGGGUUCUGGAUCAACCAUUUUUUCCAGCUCAUGGCCGAGCCCACAGAGGCUCUGCCUGUCAUCCAGCACAUCCCCCCGCUCACCGCUGGCAUGUUGGUUCUGGGUCUGACCAAAUUUAUGGUGGGGAUUGUGUUGAUCCUCCUGGUUCGUCAAGUUGUCCAGAAUCUCUCGCUGCAAGUCUUAUACUCCUGGUUCAAGGUGGUCACCAGGAACAAGGAAGCCCGGCGGAGGCUGGAGAUCGAAGUGCCUUACAAGUUUGUCACCUACACGUCGGUUGGCAUCUGUGCCACCACCGUUGUGCCCAUGCUGCACAGGUUUCUGGGAUUGCUCUGAGCCUCAGGCACUUGGAGAUUAGCCCUUUGGACAAGAGCCAAGACGUAGGAAAGCUGUUGGGUGGACAAGUCUUGAAAACACAUUUUAUUUUGAAAAAAACCCUUUAAGUCAUAUGUCUGUUUUGCUGAUACCCAUGCUAAAUGCCAGUGCUGUGUGAAAGGGAAGCUGUCUCGUAGGAGCCUCUAGUCUGGAAGGGUCACGCCAGACUAAACCCACUAUCAGGUUCUUUGAAGGCCCCCACCCUGUCUGCUAGCUGGGACUCUAGACCAAGUCAGGGGCUGGCAGGAAUAGUGGGUGAUUUAGGAACAACCACAGGCCCCACUGGGCUCUGGAGAGAUGGUAGGUCUGGCGACUGGAGGUGGAGUGCUCUUCCCAGUUAUGACCCAGCCCAGUAGCGAGUCUCACUUCCCAAGUGGGAUCUUUGGUCCGGGAGGCACCCUGUGGAAGGACAUUCCUUAGGGUGACUUUAUUGUCAGUAUGAUCAAAUCGGGCUGCCCGCUUGGGUGGUAAGAGUGCUGCAGACCUCACUGUGAUGCCCUGAAGGGCGGGCACAGAGCUGUGAGGUCCUAGGCAAGGGCCUGCUCCCCUCACGCAUCCCCAUCUUUGUAGGCGUGAAUAUUGAGACAGGGAUCUGCUCCUCCUCGUUUGUACAUUUUGUGGGAUUCCAGGUGCCAUCACUGCCUCCUGACCCAAGGAAGCAGCUGGCUGCUCCCACCGCUCCAGGCAGGAGGGCUUAACCUUCAUUAAAGCAGGCACAGCUGUGCUUCUCCGAGUGCCCUGCUCUCUCCUGCUUCAGAGUGACUGGGGAUGUGCACCUGGCCACCCGCAGCUUUUUUUGCUUCUUACAAACUUUCAUCGACAUGUAAAGGUGGACCAGUGGGGGGACAGAGAACAUACUCCUCCCAGGAGCCUGACAUGAGGAACUCACCCUCAGGACAUUGCCUCAUCCUGACAUGGCCUCUCCAUUUCUGUUACUUUCUGUGAAUCUGUAUUUCUCAUCUACUAAAUAGAAUCAGGGCCCCCCUUUUCAUCUUCCCGCCUCUUAUCUCUUGGCAAUUUUAAGGGUAAUUAAUGCAAGAAUAAUAUCAGCCUCUUUUGGGAAAACAAGCCAACCAAACACAACAGCCUUCACACCGAGGGUGUGUCCUCAGGAGACCAGGAAGGUGACCAUUACGCAAGCACCACAGGCUCUCUCACAGGGCUCCUCUCCAUUUGUUAGGAGUAAGGAACAAGUAGCCACAAUUUUCUCAAAAAUGAGUAUACCUGUAGUUAACGAAGUUUGUUUUGCGCUCCAGUGCCUGGGCCAUAGAAGCAGUGACUUAGGAUCCCAACAAGCUUUGCUGUGCUCACUCUGCGGGGACAAUGAGCCUGUGGAAAGUUAGGCUCCUCGCCUCUGAAUCCAGCAUGAAAACAGAAACCUCCUUCGUUCCUCUCUCCAAUAGGUCCCCUGGCCUCGUUGCUAGAAUGACUUUCUGUAUUUGACUUGCUGCUCCAGUGUCCUGAGAAUAAUUUUUAGUAAAACAUCCUGUUUUUCCUUCAGAUUCUUCUCACAUUUUUCAUAGUUAGAAAGUAGAAUAAAAAUGGCUGCCAUUUGACUAUUCUGACUAUUCCUUCAAAUCCUAUCUAAUAAUAGAACAUGGUAAUUGACCAUACCUUCGCUACGCCUCCCAUUGGCUAAUCAGCACGAUAUGCAAAUUAACCGCCAACAAAGAUGGUGGCUAAUUUGUAUACUGCAGGCAGGGCUGGACAGCAUGAGCCACCAGCGCGAGCCGCCAUCCAGGCACCCGUGUGCGACCCCAGAAGCCGCCUGCCCACCGUCUGUGUGCGCAGCCCGGCGGCCGGCAGGGUGGGGCGCGGUAGAUCACGAUCCCCCUGCCCCGCGCCCCGCCACCCGCCAGGCCUGCCAUGUGCGGCGGGGUGGGGCAGCGCGGCAGAGGGCCUGCUGUCUGUGACCCAGCGCAGGAUCCGGGCCUGCCAUCUGCCACCCAGGGAGCUGGCCUAAGCCAGCAGGUGGUUAUCUCCUGAAGGGUCCCAGACUGUGAGAGGGCACAGGUCCGGCUGAGGGACACCCCCCUACUCCCUCACCUCCCUCCUACCCCCUGCCAGUGCACAAAUUUUUGUGCACCGGGCCUCUAGUUCUUCUCAUAUUUUUUAUAGUUAGAAGGCAGAAUGAAAAUGGCUGCCAUUUGACUAUUCUGACUAUUUUUACAUCAAAUUGAUUGGAGCUGCUCCAUGAUUGGGGGGACAGUACUGGGGAGAGUCCCGCUAACAGGCACUCCCAGUGCAAUGGAUGAGGCACUUUCCUAUAACUCCACCACCCUCUGCCCUCAAAAAACCCAACUGGAUAAUUAUGCAAACUGAUUUCAGUUGAUCUUUCUGAGGCCAUCUGACAAGGAUCAGCCUUUGCCACUUGUAUCAUUUGUUGUCACAGCAGUGGCGUUGGCAAUUCAUUCAUGUGCAUGUAAAAUUUUUACUGCCUGUUUCUUCUGUGUUAAGUGCCAACAGUACGAAGGCCCAUGAGUUAUACUGGUGUAUUUAAGGCUGUGUGUGCACAGUUUGGAUUGAGCCACAGCACAUUAAAGAAUGGCCAGGGGUUGGGUAUUGUCACUUUUUCAAGUGUCUUAUCACAGCUCCUGGAGAGUCAAGAGUAUGUAUGGAUGAGGCCACGCUGAGUUUUUGAGCUCCUGCUUUGCUAACCCUCUCCCUCCAUUGCUCACACUUAAGUCUCACACCCACACAUGCCCAUCAGAGUUUGCCUUGAUCUAUGGUAAGGCAUUGAGAUUUUCUCUCUGGGGAAAGACUGCCCCCUGCUGGUUUGCCCUCAGCCUUGGUCCAAAGCCCCUCUUGAUCUGGAAUCUUGAAGAUUGAGAACUUUAAAAAUGAUAUUUUUAAAAAAGAAAGCAAUUCAGAAAAUUCAAUAGGAUGCAGAAAUUUGAAAAAUACAACUACCAUCAAACUAAAAAGGAACUUUAAAAUCUAGCUCACAGUGGUAUCCAAUAGAAGCUGAAGAUCUGGGGUGUGGCCAACCCUGCAUUUGGAACCUGUCUGCUACCUGGGACCCCAAAGCCCUCAGGAUCAUUGGCCUCAGGAGCCAGGUGGGAAAUUAUCCCCCUUUCCUUCCUGCUCCCCACCCACCACUACUCUGUAACCAUCCAUUCUCUAACCAUCACUCUAAACAGUGGUCCUUUCAUGCAGGUUUCGCUCAAACCUCUACCAUAACAGAAUACACGGAAGAGGGAGACAUAGAAGAGACCCCUGAACUGAAACCCCAAUGAGGAAGGCUGAACUCACUCUACAGCAUGCCAGGUGGUCGCACUGAAAUGUGGGAUUUUCUCUCCCAAGUAGGCGACCGAUGACUCCCAAGUGUCACCGAAGCCUGUGGUGGUUCAGGCUCUGCUUUCUAUUUUGGAAGUUUCUGAUGUCUUGCUUAUGUGUCGAUAUGUAAAUGUAUCCUUUAAAAAAUAAAAUCUUUUAUUUGAUCAUGA